AUGGAAAUAGUGAAAUCCACAGUUUCAAAGCAUCUAAUCGCACCAGAUCAUAAUAAUAAAUCGAAAAGAUAUGAUUUACCAAGUGAAGAAGAAUAUGAAGAAAUCAGUCGUAUGCAAUUGCGACGUUAUAUGCUUAGAUACAUGUGGCAAUGUAAUUUUGCUGCACCGGUACAUGGCAAUCUUUCUGGUGGGCGUUACGUUAC